GUCGACUUGGACUUUACUUCAUCUCCUCUCGUCUCUCCUCGUCUCUCGUCUCUACAACGUUGGACUUAUCAGACUAAUAACAGCGACACUCUCAGCUUUGGAUCUGAGAAGAAGAAUUCAGAAAGAGGAGAGAGAGAGACUCGAUCAUUAUUUAUUCUUCCAGAAAUUAAAAGAAGAAAGAAAAGAAGGAGGUAGAAGGUAGAAGAAGAAAGGAGCAGUGUGAGAGAGUGAGAAAUGGAGCAGGUUCGGUCGGCAGUGGAGGAGCACCUGGAUCAAAUGGCAGAUCUCGUCCAGAAAUUAUCGGCAGAGUUACGUUCUGGUCUUGCACCUGCUGUGAACACUUUCUUGGGCUUUUUCCACGCCAUCGACUGGAAGGAACCUUGGUUGAUGUGUUUAAUGGGGAUGCAUCUUGUGUUUCUGAUAGUAGCCAUUACCUCCAGGAGGAAUCUCAACUUCCAAAUGUUUCUGUUCCUUUCGGCAUUGGCUGGAGUAUAUCUUGCAGAGAGUCUGAAUAGUUUCCUGCGUGCGAACUGGAAGAGCUUUGCCAGUCAGGAUUAUUUUGAUGAGGGUGGAGUUUUUCUCUCAACACUCUGGUCUGGGCCUCUUCUCGUCAUUGCAAUCAUAAUUUUGGUAAACACACUCUUUUCCUUAUGUCGCCUGAUUGUUAAGUGGAAAAGAGCUGAGCUAAGACAUCGUGCAAGGCUUUCUCAAAGCAAGCAGGAUUGAGCUCCUCUCGUGCCGGAUAGCCAGCCAAAUGAAUAUGUGGUUUGCCCUUCUUGGCUUUUUAUUUCAGAACUUUUUGUGUCUUGGUGAUGCCAUCGUUACAAGUAAGAUGUGAGUUGGGAUAAGUUUUUCCCGUCCGAGUCAUGAAUUACAUAAAGGACCAACUAAAGCAUUGUGCUCAAGGUUCCCAUAUCAGAAUCUUUUUUAUUGUAACGUCAAAUUUUGACCUAUUUUUUUGUACGAUAAUUGAUCUCAAUCCGUGUAUGAUAGUUUUGGCCGUUAAUUUC